AUGCCGUCAGAUCGAGAACAUCAACACACUAUGGACGUGUAUGCGUGCUUACAGAACGCCUUGCUGGCUGGGGCAACCAUCUUCUCCGUGGCUUAUUUUUACGGACAAUGGAGGAACACCCUGUUCCACGAGUACGGGAUACCGGGACCCCAACCAGAGCCGUAUCUUGGAAACAUCAGAGAAAUCAUGAAAAAGGGAUUUCGUGAGGUGUUAGCGGAAUGGAUGCAUUCAUUCGGCGACGUGUACGGAUUUUACAUUGGACACACUCCGACCAUAUUCGUCAAAGAUCUCGACAUACUGAAGGAAGUAUCCAUCAAACACUUCCAGGAUUUUCCGGACAGAAGGUUUUCAGAUUUGACUCCGGGCACGAUCCGUCACGGCGUGCUCUUCUCCAGGGGGGAUGCAUGGAGGAGACAGCGGGCCAUCAUGGCGCCCACCUUCAGCGGAGUGAAGCUUAACAAGAUGGGCAACGUAUUGAAUGACUGCGCUGAUAACUUGGUCAAGACGUUGACAGACAGUGCUGGAGGCGAGAUUGUCUUGCGAGAGCAUUUUGGUCAGUUUUCCCUGGAGGUGAUUGUCAAAGCAGCAUUUGGCCUCUACACCGACACCAAUGACGUCAUAUACUCUAAGCUACGGCAGCUGAUUCGCCCUGGGAAGAAAGGAGCCUUCUCCCACUUCAGCAGCAGUAUAUUCCCAUCUACAGUUCCCGUGUUGAGGGCACUUGGGUUCAGCAUUCUUCCCAAAGAACCAUAUCAGUAUAUCUUGCGCGCGCUGGAUGACAUCUUCAACUUGAGGAGACUCGAACCUAAGAAAGAAAACAAAGACUUCCUUCAACUGUUGAUUGACGCUGAAAACAUAGAUGUAUCCGACGCAAACCAAAAAACCAUCAAAAAAAUGAGCCGGGAUGAGAUACUGGGCCAGAUGUUCAUGUUCAUCAUAGCGGGGUACGAGACCACAGCCUCCACCCUCAACUUCCUGGCCCACUCUCUGGCGGUUCACCCCGAUAUACAGCGGAAAGUGGUGGACGAAAUACAUCAACAUCUGGACCAGGAAGAGCCGACAUAUCACAACGUGGGCGAGCUGACUUACCUGGACCAGGUCGUGAAGGAAGUUCUACGUCUGUAUCCUGUCAUAUUCGGGGUGAACAGACAAACCGCGCGGACACGGACCAUAAAGGACGUGACGUUCCCAAGGGGAAGCAGCGUCUACAUCCCCAUCUUCCACAUCCACAGGGACCCUGCCAUCUACCCAGACCCGGAGACAUUCAACCCGAACAGAUGGUCUGAACACACGGAGAGACACCCGAUGGCGUACAUUCCGUUUGGAGCUGGUCCAAGGGUUUGCGUGGGGAUGAAACUGGCGGUGUUCGAACUGAAAGUGGCAAUAAUCAAAGUCCUGAGGGCGGUCAAGUUCAGCACGACGAAGAACACUCAGGAAAAAAUCAUCUUCACCAACAGUAGUUUCUUGACACCAAAGACGCCAAUAAGACUAAAAGUGGAAAAGCGGUAGAUCAGUGAAGGUUAUCAUGUGAGUGUGUUUGGGGAUAUGUAAUGUUCCAUAACAUACAAGCGGUAUAACCUCUGUAUCAUACGUCAUUCUAAAUCGAAAAAAGUACUCUCAUCUCACACAAAUGGUACCUAAAUUUUGCCAGUUUUCCUGGAAUCUGCGCAUGAAUAAAUCAUGUCACAAGGUUAUUGAUUAGUAAGCCGGACAGUGAGUGAGUUGGGUUUGACGCCGCUUUUAACAGUAUUCCAGUUAUAUCACGGCGUGUCAGCUUAAUGUGUGAGGAAAGCC